GGCCUGUCGGGCUGCCCGGGGUCGGAGGAGCGGGCGGCGCCGCCUCUUCCCGGUCUUGGGCCCGGGCACCUGCCUGCGGGCGACGGCGCGCUCGCCUGGCCAUGUCGGAGCCUCUGCCCGCGUUCCUCGACCGGCUGCGGGCGCCCUGGCUGGGCACUGGGUCCCCGCCUCUGCUGGGGCUCAAUGCCGCCGCCUCUCCUAAGAGUUUUCUUGGAGGUUUUUUUGGUCCCAUUUGUGAGAUCGAUGUUGUCCUUAAUGAUGGGGAAACCAGAAAAAUGGCAGAAAUGAAAACUGAAGAUGGUAAAGUAGAAAAACACUAUCUCUUCUAUGAUGGAGAAUCUGUUUCAGGAAAGGUAAACCUAGCCUUUAAACAACCUGGAAAGAGGCUAGAGCACCAAGGAAUUAGAAUUGAAUUUGUAGGUCAAAUUGAACUUUUCAAUGACAAAAGUAAUACUCACGAAUUUGUAAACCUAGUGAAAGAACUAGCUUUACCUGGAGAACUGACUCAGAGCAGAAGUUAUGAUUUUGAAUUUAUGCAAGUUGAAAAGCCAUAUGAAUCUUACAUCGGUGCCAAUGUCCGCUUGAGGUAUUUUCUUAAGGUGACAAUAGUGCGAAGACUUACAGACAUGGUGAAAGAGUAUGAUCUUAUUGUUCAUCAACUUGCCACCUAUCCUGAUGUUAAUAACUCUAUUAAGAUGGAAGUGGGCAUUGAAGAUUGUCUACAUAUAGAGUUUGAAUAUAACAAAUCAAAGUAUCAUUUAAAGGAUGUGAUUGUUGGAAAAAUUUACUUUUUAUUAGUAAGAAUAAAAAUACAACACAUGGAGUUACAACUGAUCAAAAAAGAGAUCACAGGAAUUGGACCCAGUACCACAACAGAAACAGAAACAAUUGCCAAAUACGAAAUAAUGGAUGGUGCACCAGUUAAAGGUGAAUCCAUUCCAAUAAGACUGUUAGCAGGAUAUGACCCAACUCCAACAAUGAGAGAUGUGAACAAAAAAUUUUCAGUAAGGUAUUUUUUGAAUCUAGUGCUUGUUGAUGAGGAAGACAGAAGGUACUUCAAACAACAGGAGAUUAUUUUGUGGAGAAAAGCUCCUGAAAAACUGAGGAAACAGAGAACAAACUUUCACCAGCGAUUUGAAUCUCCAGACUCACAGGCAUCUGCUGAACAGCCUGAAAUGUGAACUGAAUAGGAGAAAAUAAGAAAAAACAAAAAACUGUAAUCUUUGAGAUUAAGUUCAGCAGGUUAAAGAUGAUUGCAGCGUGUAGGGGGCAGGGGGAAGGCCAAAAUUCCAUAUAUAAUAGUCUUCCUUUAUCUUACAGUGCUGCAUUUAUUUUAUAGUAUAAAUGUUCUUCAUGUAUAUACAUUUUAAAAAGUGCUUUCUUUGAAACACUGGAGAUUUCUUAA